AUGUUUAGCAAGUCAAUUGUCCAUCGCGACCUGAUUCGUCCUCAUUGGUUUACAGCCUCUAUCCAACCCACAAAAGAAAGCUUGACACUGAUUACUGUUGUGGAACUCAAGCAGAUAGGCCACCUUGUUCAACUGGCUCAACUCUAUAAGGGUCCUAUCUCAGCUACCUUAUUAGUCCCUUCCACCAAAAAUAUCCAUCAUGAACUCAGUAUUCAACAACUCACUCAGAUACGAACUUUGUAUGAGACAACCACUGCACUCAGACGUCAUGUUGAUCUACACCUCGUCCUUCAACCGGGAGGUCUGACCGAGGCCAAUGUGACAAUGGCCACAGGCGGGUAUCAAGAAGCUCGUAAUUUGGCUCGACUGUUUAGUCGUACAGAUUAUGUGGCUCUGUUGCCCGUCACGACCUUAUGGAUGACACAGAUUGGCGCAUCGUUUAAACAGUAUUUGGACCGUCUAAAUCAAGGAGAUUUGUUGAUUUUACCUACUUUUGGGUUCCCUAAUUACGAUGGAGUGCAUACAGACGAAUGGCCUAUGGAUAAACAGACCAUGAUUGAAUGGGUCGAUGCAGGAGAGAUGGGAUUACUGGAUUAUGAUUAUGAGCUCAAUAAUGGUCCUACAUCAUAUUCAACAUGGAAAGAAGCGAAAGAACCUUAUCUUGUACCCAAUUAUGACUUUCAUUAUGGUCCUAUCUUUAUUUCUACUAAACUGAAUCAUCCUUGGUGUGAAGAAAGAUUUGAAGAUUUUGUACCUUCUUGUAUCUAUAAAACCUAUUUAGCAGGUGCUAAUUUAUGGGUACUUCCUAAUGAUUAUGCUGUCAGAACAGGACAAGAACCAAGCGAUACUUUAAUUACAGAUCAGCAACGGAGAAUUCAAAACCGAAUUGCAAGAAAAUAUCGCCUUGAACAAUGUGUGUAUUAUGCAAGACAAUUUGAUCAAUAUGGUUUGUUUGAUUCUGAUAAAGCAGAACAUGUAAAGCAAGAAUGCUCUAAAUCUCUAUUAAGUCUACAAAAAGAAAAAAUGAUUUCAGAUGUCAUUGCAGCCGAAAGAAACUAA